GCAGACUGCUCCAAAACCGUGGUCCGAACAAGGUUGUUCACCUUUGCCACAGCAAGCUGAAAGUCGUCGUUGCUCUGACGUGGCCUCCCUAGAAGGACCAAAGUGAAAACUGCCAAGCCAUUCAGAGGGACACAUACCACCUGCCUGGGGCCUGUGAAUGUGAAGAUGGAUGACGGCGGCAAAGCUGCUAGUGGAGCCUCAGUUUCACAGGCCAAUGGUGUGGUAACUGCUAGGAAAAGGGUGCCAAUUGCUUCCAAACAAAAGGCCGUCAAGGCCUCUCAGCCAGCAAACAAGGUUCCCAACAGGAAGCAGCCAGCAGCCCCUGCUGCUCAUCCUCCUUCAGCUCCUUGUGGGGCUUCCAGGACACUUGGUGAUGGAACAGCUGGGAGGACCAACGUGCUGCAGCCAAAGCAGUCGGCACCCAAGACCAGCAGCGCUGCCAACCUGUCUGCUAGAGUGACAGUGAAAAAGGGAACAGGGGACUGGCCAAGUGGACCGAAGACUUCAGAAAAGAUGGCUCUGGAGAAGGAGAUGCAGCAAAAACCCACAAAGGUGACCACACAACCCAUAGCUUUAGCCUCAAAGACACCUUCAGCAAAGCCCAGGAGAGUUGAACAGACUAAACCUUCCAGGACUUGGUUGCCAGGGACUAAGAAUUCAACUUCAUCCUCUUUAAACAGAAUUGCUACUAAUGAUAAGAGUGUGGACAAACAUAAGCAAACAGCGCCACCUGCUGGUCAGGCGACACCUACACAGCAGCCAAAAAGCACUCUGGCAGCGCAGAGAGAUGCUUCCAGAGCUGCUACAGUUCUAAAUGCCAAGGUUUCAAGCUCCAGUUCCUUUGUGAAAAUGCCACCUGUCUUAAAGCAUCCCAAAUACUCAGCCUCCAAAUCACAAUCUGAGCAAAAACUCGGGGAGAGGAAUGUGACUACACCUAUGAACAGCAGAUUUUCAGCAAAGAAGUUUUCAGACCCCAGUAAACCCCAAAUUCCUGCCAAGGCAGCUGGUGGGAGUCUCCAUCCAGCCACUCCCCCAAAAGCCUUUGCCUCUUCUCCUAGGCUUCUGCCUGCAGGGGAGAAUCCAGGCAAGAAGCUUCUGAAGAAAGAUACUGUUUCCAGUCGUGAGCAAGUGACCCCAAAAAAGAAGCUUCAGAAGACAAGUGCCAAGGAAGGAAAUUGCAAGAAAACCAUCAAAGAAGCAGAAAGUGCUUCCAUCAAGGAUACAAAGCUUCUAGAAAAGCUGAAAUCUACAACAGAGGAAGAGACUCUUGACCAGGUACUCUCCCGAGAGACUGCAAACUGUUGCAUAACAGUAGUAGGGAUGAAGCAGAUGGAACCAAGAGGCUCAGAAGAAGAGGGCAGAGCUGAACAGACAAACAUUAAUACUUCAGAAGGGCUGUCUCCAGUGCUCCUUGAAGCACCUCUAGUCUGCCUUGGACCACAAGAUAUGAAUAUAUCCUCUCCUGGUGAAAUGCCUCACUUGGCUGCUCUUGAUGUCCUGGAGCUGCAUUGUGAUAGUGGUGAUGAAACACACAGUUUGGAGCCAGCAUUCCCUUGUGAAACAUCUUUUCCCAUUCAGUUGGAGGUCUCUCACCAAACUUCUCCAGCAGAAACCUUAUGGCAUGGAGGAGGAGGAGGAGGCAGGGACUCUGAGCACCUCAGAAAACAAGCAUUUCAUUUUGAUGCUUCAGUGGCUAUUGAGCAGCCCCAUUUCUUGCACAACGCUGACAUGUCUUGUGUUGACAUACACUAUAUUUCAACAACAUCCCUUCCAGCUGAGGAUUCCCAGAUUUCAGUAAAUGAGGCCAUUCCUAUGCUAGACAGGUCUCCUUCUUCUGAGUCCUUGACUUUAGAGGCUGAAUUGCUUGAAGAAACUCAAACCAUAAAGCUAUUAGUCCUUGCAGGGACACAGGAGGAGCCCAGUCUUUCAGCAGAGCAAUCUCUCUCAGCUAAUCAGGUUGAUCCUACCUUGAAAACUGUAACAGAGUCUCUAGCAGCUGGCCAUGACGGCAGGAAUGAGUUGGAAAUGGUGAACAGGGUAUUGAAUUUGUGUCAGAAUCCAGAGGAAGAUCUGCAGAAGGAAGUGGUAUCUCUGGAGGUAGGGAAUGAAAGACUGAAGAGCCCCCUAGAUCUUGCAACUGAAGAUAGUGAACUUACACAGAAGGUAGUCACUUCUCAGCAGAUGGAGGGUGUACACUGUGCACCUAUUCAUGCUGAAGAUGAAGAGUUAAUGGAAGUUCUGCAAGUAGCAGAACAUUUAAUGACGGGAACAGUUGCUCAGUACCAAACCCGUCUCCCUGUGUUUGUGGCUGCAACUUCAAUUCCUACAGAAUUGACUGGAGAGCUUUCUGCAGACCAUGAUGAUCAAUCUAGCAGUUUAGAUGAAUAUCCCACCAUUGGAGAUCUUGAGGAUGAUGCAGUAAUUCCAGAAGAAUGUAUGAGUAACAUGAAACAAGAAGAGGUCACCCAGUGUGAAACUCCAGACUUCUUGCUUCAUCUUUCAGGGGAGAUCUCACCAAAUAGUGGUGCUCAGCUGUCAGUGCACAAACCUCAGAGCCUUCCCUUGAAGAGCCUGGAGUUGUUACAAGAACACCCCACUCAGUUGACUGAAAUGCCAGAGUUGCUGCUAAGUAGUACAGGGCUGAAAGCAUUCUCCCCAGAGAAGGGGGGCUCAUCUUCCAAAUCCAGCACAUUAAGUGGGCCUGAUCUGGCAGGUAAGAGCAGUAGUGAAACUAGCACACCUGAGGAGCUGCGGGAAUAUGACAGUAGCUCUGGAGUUGAGUCUAAGUCAGAUGAGAAACUGGAACAAACUUGUCAUCAGCUCCUGAGUCCCUUGGAGGACCUCCCUGGUGAACUUGAUCUCGGCAUCCACAUGGAAAAGGGAGAUGAUGAGGCAGAGACCCUACCAGCAGAUGAAGUCCUUGGAGAUCCACCUACUGAGCCCACUGUAUCCUCUGAAGAGGAAGCUGAAUUGGAUGCAGAUCUUCUGAAGGAAGCAGGCUUCCCCAAAACAGUAUGCCUCUUGACAUCUCCUCCCCCAACCAAGCCACCUUUGCCCCAUUCAGUAGAGGAGUCUGAUGAACCAGGUUCUGGUGAUGCUGGCACAGAAACUCCAGCCUCAACCAACUCUGCAGCUUCGUGUGACGUUUUUGGUGCCUUUCACCUCCAUUCAACAGAUAGCUGUGGCAAAAGCCCUGGCCUCUCUUCCCUGGAGAGUGAAGAGCAUUCCACAGAGGGCAGUAAGGAGCAGCUUCCGAAAGAGGCGUGCAGCAAGAUUCCCAUGGAUUGGGAGCAACACUUGCACCUCACCCCAGCUCCCUUGAAGACUGGAGGGCACGAAGAAGAAUCAUCCCAGCCUUUCACUGCUGCUCAUAGUCUGGCUGCAGGUGACAAUGGGGCUGGCUUGCCCUUCCCCUGGGAACCAUGUCCAUCAGAGAUCCUCUCCACUAUCUAUGAAGUAGAAAGUGGUGCUGAAACGCCUGGCCCAGAUGAAGAGGAUGGGAGUCGCUGUUUGCGCGCCACCUCCCGAGAACAGGCUCUUCACCUAGGAAACAUCCAGGCCACAGUCGUACAGCAGCUUAUCAGCCGAGCACUGCUCUUCCCAGCAGAAGCACCUCCUGGGGCUGUCAGUGGGAAGGGGGCAAUGAACAGCGAAGCAGAGAUUGGCAAAUGGACAGAACUGAUCUCCCCUUUGGAAGAAUCCCGGGCCAGCAUCACUUCUGUGACAAGCUUCUCCCCCGAGGACAUGUCAUCCCCCCAUGGGGACUGGACUGUGGUAGAAGUAGAAACCUUUCACUGAUUAUUUUUCCCCAUCACCCCUCCCAAGUUAAUCUCUCUGGAAGGCAUUAUUUUUUGGGUGUACCACUACUUAUGAUCCAAGUGUUUCUAUUUAUGUCCAGGAAGGGUCAACUAUUAGCUGACUCGAGAUACUGCUCUCUGCUUCCUCUUCAGCAGCUAAUGGCAUGAACGGUAAUGCAUCCUUCCUAUAGUUCAGCACUUGUGAGACAUGAUUACUUUUGUCCCAUGCAAGAUGGCCUUUGAAUUGUUUUUGGUUCAGCAGAGUGACCAACCCUUCAUGUUUGGGACUUUCAGGGCAUAAGUUUAUUUCCAGAGGGUAAGGUCCAUCUUUACUCAGUCUUAACAUGUGAUUGUGCCAAUUAUUGAUAUCGCUAUCUGUCAAACAUGAUAAAAACAAAGCCCCCCCCAUGAAUGUUUUGAUAAGUACAACAGUGUUCUUCAUUAGUGAAGGCUAUCAGUAACAGAAGAUGCUAGUGGCCCUGAUUACUAACACCUACUUACAGAAAUCCAUCAACAUUUGGUUGCCAGGCUGCUAAUAUUUGACUUUUGUCAUGGUUAACUUUCAAAACCAAAUUUCUUACUCUUGAGAAAAGGUGUUUUAUCUUGAGAAGCUGUCUAGGAAGUAGCACCUCAAAGGUGGUGUCCACACAAUACACUUACGUAUACACAAUACACUAACGGAUGAAUUUGUAAAUGAUCAAACAGCCUGGAUUUGCAUAGCAUGUUUGGUACAAGAACAUGGAUUAAUUCAAAAAGCAGCUUAAGUGGGUUGUGUGAAUGUAGCCAGUGUGGAAGAGAAAUCUGCAAAUGAGGACAUUUUAGUGCUUUUGAAUAAGUGGCAUAUCUACUGCUUGGAAUGUGGUCACUCUAAGCCUCUUGUCUACUUCUUUGAAGUGCACGACCAGCAACACAUGCAGCCUGUACAUUGGCUGGAAGAGGCCUUGAACUUGAAGGGAGAUGUACUUUAGCAUCCUGAACAAGAGUUGGUAAGAAUAGUCUGCUAAAGAAUCAGUUUGGGAAUUCUCUUCAAAGGUGCAAUUAUCUACCUGAAGUGGAAAAGUUUGGAAAAUAUAGGGACCAAGUUUUAUUUUGAUGCACCAGAUUCUUACACCUGUGUUAGCCUGAGCCUCCAUGCUGACACAGCAGUAAAUAACUGCAUUUGUUUCUCUGUGCCAGUGGUUGUGCCUGGCCAAGUAGAGGUGUGUGUGUGCCAUUGUUAGGGGCUUUCCUGACUUGUGGGCCAAUGCAGUGGUGGGAUGAGGAACUUCUGGCACAACUGUAGGUUGUGAAUUCCAGUUCCGAGCAGUCAGUAUGCAUAACUGUUCAACACUAGACAAUGUUUAGUAGCAUCUAGAGAGUCAUAUUUGGCAAUGCAACCCUGUUAGGUUUGCUCUGCAUUUGUUAGCAAGAGUGGGAUGAAACUACACUGCCACUAUGGGGUGGCAUUCAGAUAAACUGUUUCCAUCAUACGACAACAACUGCUGAACAGUUCCCUGCAUUAUUUUUUGUUGUUACCAAAUAUGCACAUUUGAGAGUCUAUAUUAAAUUGCCUAAAAUUAGAGCAGCGAUGACUAUCUAAAAGUUAGGCUGCCCUUCUAACCUACUACCAGAAAAACAUUGUGAGAAAACUUUCUAACUGCCGUAUUUAAAAGAGGUACUCAUGAAGCCAAUCUUCUGUUGCAAUACUCCUUCUGCCCUUCCGAAAACUGAAACUUUUUUCCAUAAUGUAAACGUGUUAAAUGUUCAUCUCAGUAACUGCCAUUUUCCUAUACCUGCUUUCCCAAAUCACUUGAAAUGCAGUUCCAAUAGUUAAUGUUGAUACAGAGCCUUAUUAUCUGUAACAAAGUAUUGAUGUGUGCAACUUUUUUUGUAACGUAGCAGAUUGUGAUAAAUUAUAGAAGAUUUUUUAAAAAAAUAAAAAUGAA